AUGGUUUUAUCACAGGAACACCGUGACCUACUGGACGCAUUCCAGAAAGAAGUGGAGCAAAGACGGCCGGGGGAUUUGUUACAGUUUGCAGCUAACUACUUUAAUAAGAAAUUAGAAGAGGAGAGGCUUUUCGUUAGGAGUCAGGAAUCCCUGGCAUUAUCCAAGGGCGUUGUACUAUUUCCUGGAUCAGAGGGCUGCGGCGCAAACAGGGCAGCAGGAUCUCCGGACGCGCGCAAAACGGGCGAGGAUGAGGACGUGAUGUUCAAGUUACCCUUUGUGGAGCACGAUCCUCACUCGAGACAUAUAUAUGAUGAUAACAAACACGGUCACGACUCAUGUGACCCGCACACCAGUUUUUCAAGGGAGCCAGGGGCCGGGCUGUUUCAAGGAGGUUAUAACAUGGGCCAGGAAGCGCAAAAGGAGGCGCAGACAGACUUUGACCCGAAAGCUUCAGAAGUAUCCUCUAUAUUGAAACAGCGUAACGUACCAAGGAAGUCUGGUGUGAACUCGAAGCCGCUACCCAUGAACUUCAACGCUGAAAGACGGACCUCGGUAAGCGGGGAGACACUAAAGCCGGACCACUUCAGUGACUGGACGCCAGAGAACUACACUGAGAAGACACGCGAACAACUAAAGGGGUUGGAAAGCGCAGUCGGAAAGAACUUUUUAUUCAAUAAAUUGGAUUCGGAUUCAAAAACUUUAGUUAUCAAUUCCCUCGAGGAGAAGCUCGUCUCGAAGGGCCAGGAGAUAAUUCGUCAAGGCGACGAAGGUGAUUACUUCUACAUUGUGGAGAAGGGCACCGUGGACUUUUUCCUUGACGACCGCAAGGUGAAUACUUAUGGGCCGGGCUCAUGUUUUGGGGAAUUAGCAUUGAUGUACAACAGUCCUAGGGCAGUGACAGCCGUAGCUGCCACUGAUUGUGUAUUAUGGGCAUUGGAUAGACUGACCUUCAGAAGAAUUCUCCUCAGCGGAUCCUUUAAGAAGCGGCUGCUGUACGAUGAUUUUUUGAAGUCGAUGCCGUUGCUGAAGUCCCUUUCCAACUACGACCGCGCCAAGCUAGCGGACGCUCUCGAGACGGAAUACUACGAGGCCGGCCAACAGGUGAUAUCAGAGGGCGAUGUGGGAGAGAACUUCUAUUUGAUCGAGUACGGCGAAGCAGAUGUCUCCAAAAGGGGCGUCGGUGUCGUACAACAUCUGAAGAAGGGUGAUUACUUCGGCGAGGUGGCGCUUCUCAACGAUUUGCCUCGCCAAGCGACAGUGACGGCGACAACUAAGUUGAAGGUGGCCACCUUGGGCAAGAGCGGCUUCCAGCGCCUUUUGGGCCCGGUAGUCGAGGUGCUGCGGCUCAACGACCCUACGCGUGCUGACAAGCGCUAG